ACAAAGCCUACAGAGCCUCACACAGACGUGUGCCCCCCUAGCCCCCCGUAAGCGAACACGCAGCUAAGGAGAGAUCCGUGCAGAGCCCGGAGCGCGCUCCGUCCCAGGGGCAGGGAGCCCCCCCCCCCACCCCGCUCGUUUUCCCAUCCUCCACCUCCCUAGCCACCGAGCCCUGGGGCAGCGCGCGCCGGGAGGGGCGGGGGCGGGGCGGGUGUCGGGCGGCGCCGGCCCAAAAGGCGGAGUCGAGCAGAGAAGAGGCCAGAUUUGUGUUCGCGGUGGUGCCUACUGUACGGUGGAGGAGCAAGUGGGAACCUUAUACUGCAGAGCUCUCGUCCCGGCCUGGCCCGGCCCGGCCCCACGCUAUGGAGUUCCUUUGGGCCCCUCUCUUGGGUCUGUGCUGCAGUCUGGCCGCUGCUGACCGUCACAUCGUCUUCUGGAACAGUUCAAAUCCCAAUAACUGGCAACACCCGACCGUGGCUCAUGCCGACUUGGACUGGCGCUAUUUCUGCCCUUCUCUUCCUGCCCUCUGGCGUCCCAUCACUCCUAAAGUUCCGGGAGGAGGACUACACCGUCCACGUGCGGCUGAACGACUACCUCGACAUCAUCUGCCCGCAUUACGAGGACGACUCCGUGGCGGAGGCUGCCAUGGAGCGGUAUACACUGUACAUGGUGGAGCAGCCCGAGUAUGCGGCGUGCCAGCCCCAGUCCAAGGACCAGGUCCGUUGGAAGUGCAACCAGCCCAGUGCCAAGCAUGGCCCGGAGAAGCUCUCUGAGAAAUUCCAGCGCUUCACACCUUUUACCUUGGGCAAGGAGUUCAAGGAAGGGCACAGCUACUACUACAUCUCCAAACCUAUCUACCAUCAAGAAAACCAGUGCUUGAAGCUGAGGGUGACCGUCGAUGGCAAAAUCACUCAUAGCCCUCAUGCCCAUGCCAAUUCACAGGAGAAGAGAAUUCUAGCAGACGACCCGGAGGUUCAGGUCCUGCACAGCAUCGGUUACAGUGCUGCCCCCCGACUCUUCCCACUGGUCUGGGCUGUGCUGCUGCUGCCGCUGCUGCUACUGCAAACUCAGUGAAGGUGGAUGCUUCACCUGGCUUAAGGAUUGGAACUGGGCCGCGGAGCAGGGAGAAGCACCCCAAAGCUCCAGCCCUGGGGAUCACUCCCACUACAUGCUCAAGCUGCCACCCCGAAGCCUCAGAAGGCUCAGGAUUAAGGGUUUCAACCCAAAGGAGUUCAACCAGCCUAACUGUGCCAUUCCUGCCUCCACUUCAGAGGGAUGGAGAAAGAAGAGGGGGAGGUCCUUUCCCUGCGAUUUUUACCUUUAAGCCAAAGAAACAAGCUGUGUGGGCCUAGACCAUUUAGAGGGCCCAGUGGGAGAUGAGCUGGGGGCCUGAGGUCAUGCAGUUGGACACUAAAGACGCCCUUCCAAGGAAACUCUGAUGUCCAGAUGAACUGACUGAAGAGAAAGCUUGAGACAGCUUCCUGCGUGGGAGCCAGGUACAGGAGAGGCUGCAUGCUUGGGCUGACCCAGCAUCUCUGCAAGAUUUCCACCUGCUGAGCUGCCAAAGAGGUUUGUAGCCAGGCACCGACUGCAUCCUCCCCGUCCUUCGGGCAGCAUUCCCUGGAGCUGUGCCAACACGAGGACUAUACUGAGAGUAUAGCUGUAAGGGCAGUGCCCAUGUGUUCCGUCUGUGUAGAAUGUAGCUAAAAGGGCAGGGCCCACAUGUACAGUGUCUGUAUAUAAAUGUGCUGCGUCUGCUCGUUUCUACAACUGGACUUAUUUUUUUAAUAUACAGUGUUCUUGGAUCAUAAUAAAGCAAUGUUUUUGGUUUUUUUGGA